AUGAGUCUGCUCGAUUUACCUACAGAAUUACUUUUGUUAAUCAUUCGAAACCUUGUAAACGACAAGGACAUUAGCGCAUUCGUCCAAACCAAUUCCUUUUUGUAUGACUCACUGUCAGACCAUCUCUAUCAAAACAAUGCCCUGCGACAUAACGGCAGUGCGUUACUGUGGGCAGCGGAGCACGGCGUACCUCAAGCAGCCCUCCGCUCACUUAGAAAUGGAGGACAUAUCGAACGCUGCACCCUAUCCUGCCACACCCCGCUAUCGUUAGCAACAGGAAACGGCAACGAAGAGUUAGUCCGCAUACUUCUUGCGCAUGGGGCCGACAUCAACCACCUGUACCCUUCUCCGGGCUCCAUUAUCAAAAAUGAGACAGCUCUGAUGAAAGCAGCAUCUGCUGGACAUGAUGUGAUAGUUCAGCUGUUGCUUGAUCACGGUGCCCCUAUCGACUGGAGCCCGAAAUACGAGAAGACUCCCAUCUGCCUAGCCGCUGAGGCCGGGCGACUCAGUACAGUCAGGUUGCUUCUCACGCGUGGAGCAAAUCCCAGGCUCCCCAAGUCCAACCUAGCAGAUACCCCACUUGCAGUUGCCGUAAGUCAUGGGUAUCCAGAGAUUGUCGAGCUCCUUAUCCAACAUGGUGCGAAUGUCCGCCAUCAAAAUAGAAACGGGAACACACUUCUCUCAGAUGCGGUGGAGAAACAGCAUUGGGAAACCGCUAAAGUUCUUCUUAAACAUGGCGCCAAGGUCGAUAAGAAAGACUCCUGUGGUUUGAAUGCGCUGACCAACGCGGCAAGGAGUAAUAACAUAGCAGGAGCUCGACUAUUGAUUGAACAUGGAGCCCAAGUCAACGCCGAUAGCUGGCUUGGAGAGACGCCUCUCUUUGCGGCUGCAAGACGAGGUUAUGAAGAUAUGGCCAAGCUGCUAAUUAACAAUGGCGCCGACAUCAACUCUCUGAGUAAGCUUGUAUCUCACGAGCAUCCUUCGGUAUAUGAGAAAUUGGGCAAAUUAUCACGAAGGAAGGGUGUCGACUACAGUUACACGCUAUCCAUUCCGGUGACACCGCUGUUAGUGGCUGCUGCAAAUGGUAAUGGAGCAAUGUGUCGGCUUCUAAUAGAUAAUGGCGCGGAGGUUAAUUAUGAGACCUUGACGGCGAUGACACUUGAAUGCCUUGCAGAGGCCUACGGCUACCAUGAGAUAAAGAGUCUUAUCGAGAAAGCUACUUCUGGCCAGGAAUCGGAGUCUACAGUGUAA